AUGCACUCACAACUUACCUUGAUGGUCAGCUGGUUCUGUCUUUUUCUCACAGCAUUUUCCCUCCCCACUCCCGAGGCAACGUCUUGCCUCUGUGAGGUUAGCCUUCCCACAAUCACUGUUCGCCCAAGACAAGGCGGCUAUGAGAACGUCUACACUAGGACAUAUCAAGAUAUUAUUUCUCAGCACUUGACAACAGUUAUCUACACUCUCACUCGCACUUGCUCAACUAUUGACUGCCCAGUUGCCUUCAAGACUGCCCCUCCUGCUGGUUUUACUCAGGCAGUGGUUGCAGAUGGCACUAUUACUGCAACUCUUACAUUCCCUACCCAGUCCCUAGCAGCCUACUCUGCUGCUGGUUACGUUGUCAUGCCAAUCAACACUGCUACUCCUGACCAGUCUGAUUCUGCCUCUGACCGCCAAUCCAGCUCGGGAACACCAGCUGGCUCUGAUGCCUCUUCAACCAAGAAUGGCUAUCCAGGCUACAACGGUUCUGCCUCUCGUUACCAAUCCAGACCGGGAACACCGGAUAACUCCGACGCCACUUCAACCGAGGAUGGCUCCGACGAGGGUUCCGACUCUUCCCAUAACAGCACACCUAGCUCUUCUUCUACUGCUUUCACUCCCUCAUACUCUUCUGCUUCUGAUACUGAGAACACACCCAACCCAUCAACCAAACAAUCUUCUACCUCUGUCAACCUCCCUAGCAACGACAACAGUGAGUCUGUUGAUCAAAAUAUUAUUACUACUAGCAGUGCUGGAUUUAUAAAACCUAAUCCUAUGGCCUUGGUUACUAUGCCGAUUGCCGGCAUAAUUAUGUUAGUAUUAUUUUAA